UCCACGCGAGGCGCACGUGAUCGAUACCAUUUUGUUUGGGGCCCAGCGUGCAACCCCGAUCAAGGUCGAAGGGGAGCGACCGAAUCGCCCACCGCCGCACCCCCGAUGCAGGUCGCCGCCGGCUCCCCCUCCUCAUCCACCACCACCACCACCACCAUCGCCUCGAUCGCCGCCGCGGACCCCGACGAUGACUGCAUCUCUGGCUCUAACCUAGGCGGCAGUGGCGGCGCCCCUGGGGGGACCGCGAUCCAGUCGUGGUGGGAAUCCAUCUCCAAGGCUCGGUCACGGAUCCUCUCCCUAGCCUCCCUCCUCUCCUCGCCGGACCUCGCCUUGCUCGCCGACUCCGAUGGCCCCGCCCGCUCCCUCCUCGAUUCUCCCGCCGCCUCCGCCGCGAUCUCCGCCGCACUCUCUGCCCCUUCCUCCGGCACCGGCGACGACCCCCUGUGCCACUGGCUCUACGACACCUUCCAGUCCUCUGACCCCGACCUCCGCCUCGUUGCGUUCUCUUUCCUCCCGCUCCUCUCCGGCCUGUACCUUUCCCGCGUUGUUGUCUCCUCCACCACCGCCGCCAUCAACCCGCCGUCCUUCGCCGGGUUCGAGGCCGUCCUACUCGCCGUCUACGCCGCCGAAGUCAAAGCCCGCGGUGGAAAGCCGGUGCUCGUCUCCGUCCCCGACCUUUCCCUCCCUUCCCUCUACCAUUACCCUCGCCAACCCACCGCCUCCUCCGCCCGGACGCCGCCACGGCCCUCCGUUGGCGUUCUCUCCCCUCCUCUCGAGCCCCAGAUCGCCGUCAAGUCCACCAAGCGUGCUUGCGUUGUGGCCGUGGCACUUGAUUCCUACUACAAGAACAUCUCCUCCAUGCCCAGCCGCUCAAAGAUUGAUCUGUGCGAGUUCGUCGCGGCAUGGGCUGGCCAGGAUUGCCCUUGUCGCCACGAGUUCGAUGAUGAGGAUGCGAAUCCAUCCGCCCUCUCUUCCUCCCCCGCAGUCUCUGCCUCCUCAUGGCCCCAUAUUAGGAUCUCUUCACAGGAAAACAGAGAAAUUGGAGGCACUGCAGAGGAGAUGCAGAAAUUAGCAAUCCGUGAGGGACCAAAUGACAAUCACUGUAAUGGGAAGGAGGAAGGGAGCAGAGUUCUGAGGAGGGGGUCAAGGGUUCCCCUUCCUUGGGAGCUCUUGCAGCCGGUGCUGAGGAUCUUGGGGCACUGUCUUCUUGCACCUUUGAAUCCCCAGGAGGUGAGGGACUCGGCAUCCAUGGCAGUGCGAUGUGUCUACGCUCGGGCAUCACAUGAUCUGAUGCCACAGGCUAUCUUGGCCUCUCACAGCUUGAUUAAGCUGGAUAGGAGUUCCAGGAAGGUGGCAAAACCCAAAACAACCUCGGCCGAUGCUCCAACACUCAACACUCCAAGCAAGCUGAAGAAGCCAGGAGUUUUCUUGGUCUCAAGGUGAUUGGUUGGAACUGCUGAAGCAAUCAAUUGUGAUGGAUUUAUCCACAUUUGACAAGGGAAAGACGACGCGGAUAUGCAUACAUGCAUCGACCAAUUUACCUAUGACAACCUUGGGAUAUGAAUGGUUCGAGUUCUUUGUGUUGUUAUCGGACACGGUGAACAAAUUUUUUUUUGCAUGUAUGUAGAUGACUUACUGACUGCCAUGUAAAAAAAAGAAGUCUGAGCCAAAACAAAGCAUUGUGCUAAUCA